CUGAAUGCCUGGUGGGAUACCUAUCCAUACAGUCAUCAGGAGCCCCUCAUGCCAUAUGGUCCAUCCUGAUAUUGAACAUGCUGUAAUUAUCUUCAACCACCUUUGACUCCGGAGACGAAUGCGGGACCCGUAGCCAGUUAACGCUAUAAUUGUGAUUCAAGACAGCUUCUCUCAGCAGCAACCCAUGGCUGGCUUCAGGCAAGAGGAUGUGGAGGUGUUCUACGAUAUGGGGGAGGAGCUGGGGAGCGGACAGUUUGCCAUCGUACGGAAGUGUAAAGAGAAGCCCUCUGGCUCUGAGUACGCCGCCAAAUUCAUCAAGAAGCGUCGCCUGUCAUCUAGCCGCCGGGGCGUUAGCCGCGAGGAGAUCGAGAGGGAGGUGAACAUCCUGAGAGAGAUCCAGCACAGCAACAUCAUAACGCUACACGACAUCUUCGAGAACAAGACCGACGUCAUCCUCAUCCUGGAGCUGGUGUCUGGGGGGGAGCUGUUUGACUUCUUGGCAGAGAAGGAGUCUUUAACAGAGGAGGCUGCCACACAGUUCCUCAAACAGAUCCUGGAUGGGGUCCACUACCUGCACUCCAAAUGCAUAGCUCACUUUGACCUCAAGCCGGAGAACAUUAUGCUGCUGGAUAAGAAUGUUCCCAACCCCAGGAUCAAACUCAUCGACUUCGGCAUCGCUCAUCAAAUCAAAGCUGGGAACGAGUUUAAAAACAUCUUCGGAACGCCAGAGUUCGUUGCUCCAGAGAUAGUCAACUAUGAACUGCUCGGCCUGGAGGCUGACAUGUGGAGUAUUGGAGUUAUCACAUACAUUCUGUUGAGUGUUCCUAUUGUGUUCUCACCAUGCUGUCUGUUGGUCCUCAGGUUGAGUGGUGCCUCUCCGUUCCUGGGGGAGACCAAGCAGGAGACUCUGACCAACAUCUCAGCAGUCAACUAUGACUUUGACGAGGAGUACUUCAGCAACACUAGUGAGUUGGCCAAGGACUUCAUCAGACGGCUGCUGGUCAAGGAUCCCAAGAAGAGAAUGACCAUCGAUGACAGCCUUCAGCAUCCCUGGAUCAAGGUGAUCAAGAGGCGAAACGUUCGCCAGGAGGAGAGCGGAAAGAAGCCGGAGCGCAGGCGCCUGAAGACAACACGUCUAAAGGAGUACACCAUCAAGUCCCACUCCUCCAUGCCCCCCAACAACACCUACGUUAACUUCGAACGCUUCUCCCAGGUGCUGGAGGAGAUCGCUGCUGCCGAGGAGGGGCUGAGAGACCUGGAGCACAACCAGAGGUCAUGUCAGGAGGACGUGGCUGCUCUACUCUCUAUCUAUGAGGAGAAGGAGGGCUGGUACAAGGAGGAGAACCAGAGCAUCGGCAGCAACCUGGAUCACAUCCGCCAGGCUCUGCAGUGUACCCAGGCCCAGCGCAGGCAGAGUCAGGAGGAUGCCCGUGCCGCCAUGCUGGCUGCUAACGCACUCAAGAGGACGUUUGGGCGCCUGGAGAACCGCUACGAGGUCCUGGCGGAGCAGGUGGCGUCGGAGAUGCGCUGGGUGGAGGAGCUGGUCAGAGGGAUAGAGCGGGAGAAAGACAGUCUGGUCAUGCCCUGAGACCUGGCUCCAGCUUGGCUUGUAGAAUAGUCCUGAGCCUGGCCUGCCUUCUAGAAUCACUGACAUUAUUCUCAUAGAAUCACUGACAUUAGUCUGAAUCUACGCUCUUCAGUUUCUUCUUUCUAGGGCGGUCUGGUCAUGGCCGGUAGGCAAAGUCCUACCGGGCUGGGGCUGGAAUCACUGAAUGACAUUAUUCUAGUUCUCAGCUUACUUCCUACUAUGUCCGUGUGUGUGUAUGGUACAGUCAGGACAGUACAUGUACACCAGCUCUCAGACUUUUUUUGGUGUUGGUGUGGUUGUUGGAAUCAGACAUUACUCUGUUUCUGCACUCUCAGCUUCUUCUUUGUCUGUGUGUUUGUGGCACGAACAGGGCACAUAUUCUACACCAGCUGUCAUCAGAUUCAGAAUGAGGGUCCAGAGUUCUUCGGGUUAGAGAAAACGCUUGGGCCCCCGAUCAUAAUCCAUGCUGCCCCUCACACACAUUUGAUUGGGAAAAAGGUUAUAGGGAGAUCUCAGUACUUCAUCCUAUUGACAGUAGGCUAUCUAUUCUAUACCAUAUGUCACUCAGCUGACUUGUUGUACUGUGAUGCAAAUGCAAACACUAUAGCUGUCUUACCUAAGGAGAGAGUAGUCUUAAAAUAUAUAGAUUGUAUAAACCAGUUUUGCUCUUUUAUGCGCUGUGCCUGGAUAUAGAACACCUUAUUGCCUAUACAUAAGCAAAAGGAAAUAUGUAGUAAUGUAGCUAGACAUGUUAGUGAAAAUACAGGCUUAGUUGAUGUCCCUCAAAACGCUUUGGGCCAGUUUCCUGGAUAAAAGCAUGCUCAAUGGAAUUUGUCCAUUGAAUUUGGUUUUUAGCCCAGGACUAGGCUUAAUCUUUGUCUGGGAAACUGCCCCGUUUGAGUACAACUAUUGUACAUAAGAUUCUUCCCAAAUGAUCUGCAUGAUGUUAAACUAUGUAAAGUAUAAAAAUAUAUAUUUUUUCAUUACGACCAUAACAACCCACACACUUCAGACAUUCCACGAGUUAGUCAUUAAAUCUAUGCAUCGCAUUCCAUGUUCACCAUAAAACUAUAGAACCCUAUAUACUGUGUAAUUCCCUAGAUUAAUAUUCUCAUUUGCAUUUGAGAAUACAGCAGUGUUCCAAACUAUCUCCCACUGAAUUAUUUUAAUGUACGCAAAACGUAUAAUUGGUAUGUAUUUAUUGGUUUGAACCGUUUUAGACAGGUUUGUGUUUUAAAUAAACAAGCUUAAAUACAUGUA